AUGGAUUCCGUGUUUCCAAGCAAGACCCAAGUCGACGAGGCCAUCGCAAGCUUGGCUGAUGCUGGCAGGUCAUACUCAGACGCCCCUAACCUAGCCGGUCACGCGUCGCGGGUCGAGAUAAUUACGCGGGCAAAGAAGCUCAUUCGCGACUUGGUGUCUCCAGAUAUGAUGCCAAAUUAUCAUGGUCUCAAUUUCUCGCAAGCGUAUCUGUUGGAUGAACCCGGACCAGGCCAUCUGUUCCUCGCCAUGUAUGACGAGUGGUUCAAACCGAUGCACAACUUUGAUGACUAUCUUGCGGAGAAAUGUCAGCUGCAAAAUGCCAAGGAACCGGAUGACCCCCUCUUCAACCCCUACACCUUCUAUCGCAAACAAGAAGGUACGCCAGUCUGGACCAUCAUGAGCCAGGACCCGGAGCGGUUCCAGACCUUCCAGACGGGCAUGGCGGGCAUUGACCUUGCCAUACCUGUCGUCGGCCAUUUUGACUUUGAUUCGUUGCGAAACAGCCCAGCGGAGGUUGCAAGCCGGCGCAUACAGCUCGUGGACGUUGGCGGAGGUCACGGCGCGGUCCUUAAAAGGAUACUCGAUCUUCACAAAGACAGCCUCGACCCGAAUACUUGCAUCUUGCAGGAUAGGACUGAAGUCAUUGCUCUUUCGCGGGCAAACAACAUCCUCCCCGGUGAAGUUGAGCGCCAGGAGCAUGACUUUAUGGCCGAGCAGCCCGUCAAAGGUGCAAAGGCAUAUUUCAUGCGCAUGAUACUCCACGACUACGCGGACUGUGUCGGAAUCAAGAUACUGUCCCAGCUAGCAGGGGCCAUGGCUCUAGAUUCGAGGGUUCUCAUCUGUGAAAUGGUGCUCCCAUCACGCGUGGGUGAAGCCGAUUUCCCCGCUGCCGUUCUCGACCAAGCCGUCAUGACCAUGGGUGGUAAAGAACGAACCGAGAAGGGCUUCUCCAACAUGCUCGAGGCCGCUGGCCUAGAGCUGGUCAGGGUCUGGCGAGCACCAGGAGUCCCCGGUGGCUGUGUUGAAGGGAGGUUGAGGCGUCAAUGA